CUGUCACAGAGUCAGUGCAAAUAGCAGCUGAAGCAACAGGUUCAUUUGGAAGCGCCCCGACAGCUGAUGACUUGGAAAACAUCGAUGUCAUUCCCGAAUUGGCUGGAAAAGCCAAUGGAGGUAGCGACGAGACAGGUACUCCCGUUGACAUACCAGAGCCUUCUCAGACCAUCAUCGGAUACGAGUUCAUAGAUGCUUAUGGGCCAACCCACACAUUCGACGAACCAGCGUUCAAGAAAAUUCGGCGGGGACUUGUCAAGAGCGACGAGGCAUACUUUGAAAAAGUAAAGCCGGCCCUCCACACAAUGACACCCUCUGAUCGCGAGGUCCUGGAGGAUGAUAUCGCUGCUGUUCCUCGGAAAUCCAGCAAAACUGCAGAUGGUGCUCGUAAGCCCACAAGCCAAUUUGGGGACUUCUUAAAUGAGCCCACGGAUGAAUAUUCGGAUCUCUUUCCAACGACGCUUGAGGAUCCCGAGGGCCAAAGUGCGAGUGAAGCUGGUGAUGAAGAUCCCGAACAGUCUGACACCCCGAAAAAGAAAGCAGAUGAGAUCAACGAUAGCAAAGCUUCUGCAGCCCUCGAGGAAGUGAAGGGAGACCUUGAUGUUCUUGGGGAUCUUAAGAGUCUUAAGGGCAUUUUCAAGAAAGAGCGACGAGGACUUGUUUUGGAGAACGAUGAAAGCACUAUUUCGGUCGGGAAUCGUGUGAACCUUGAGCACGCCUUCCUUGAUUCAUCUCAGGACCACGAUCAGGCACCACGCAGGCCGACGGCCGAUUUUGGCGAUCAUUUUGAGUGACCUGCGGAUCAAUAUUUGAAUACCUUUGAUGAGCCUGUUAUCAAGACGCAACCCGAAAAUGACGGGUCGCGGUAUAGAGUCGACGAGGCUCUUCUUCCAAUCGCCAUCCCUCCCAUUCCUCAGCCAACUCAGGAAGGCAUUGAAGAUCGACAAGAAGCUGUAGAAGCUCAGGCUCUGGCGGGGCAAUUGGCACCCUUUGAAGACUUUGGUCUUUUCAAAAAGAAGCGAAGAGGAUUUGUUCUGGGUCACGGUGCAAACGAUGUGGAAGCAAAUCCAUCGUUACAUACGGCCCAGGAAAAAUAUGCUGAUAUUUUGGAUGCUGAUGCCGUGAACGACAGGCUUUCGGAACAUACUGAUACAAUUUUAUUCCCAAAUCCUAGACCUUUUUUAGAGCCGGCCUUCCAGACAGCUGCAGAAAAGUCAAACGAAUUUGCAGGUCAACCACAGGAUGGAAUCGCAGAAGCCUUCGAGAAGGGAUCUGAUACUGGUCUUGUCGACCUCAAGAAAGAGCGACGGGCGCUUGUUUUCGGCCUCGAUGAGGAUCUGAAAGACGUAAAAGAUGAAAAAAUUGCCCCUGAGAUUGAUCACGCGAACAUUCAUCGGAGACCCCUUGUACAGUCGGAAGUCGAAACCAUAGCGGAAGAAGAGAUGGAAGACAACCCUUCUGCCUUCGUCCUCCCCCCACAAGACGACUAUCUGAUCGCAGUGGAACAACAAGUAGCAGAAGAAACCCAAGAAACCCAGGAGGAAUCCGGUAUCCUUGGAGCAUUUGGUGGCAUUCUGAAGAGAGAGAAACGUGGAUUCGUCUUCGGCCACGGUGGAUUCAAACUUCCCGUUGAUACUCAGUCCCCUCCAGAGACAGAUGCGCAGAGCAGGAGACAUAAACUUCCUGCUGAAUCUCUCGAUGAGCGUCUCGAGGACCCUGAUCAGUCAAGUCAAAUGGAUAAUUUCGAUCCCAACUUGCCUGCAGAACCGAGAUUCCAGAGCGACAUGGAAGGCGUUGACGGUGGGGAGUAUGCGGAUGAGUGGCGGUGGUUCUAGCGACCAGCAAGGAGAGCCGGAAUUCAGUGACGAUACAGAAGGCCUUGGUCCUCAAGAUGAUGUUGAUUCUCCAGGUGAUAAUACAGGGGAGUCUCGAUACCCGCCAGCAGCGCCGCGAUUCAGAAACGACCCGGAAAACCUUGGUCCUCAAGACACCGUAGAUUCUCCAACUGACAACACUGGUGAGUCUCAAGAUCCGCCAGUGGAGCCACAAUUCAGGCAGAACUUGGAAAGCGUUGGAGACGCCAACGAGUCUCUGGAUAAAAGUCUCCAGAAUUCCACUCAGACACUACGCGAACCAUAUUUCAAGAACACCACGGAAGCCGUUGCUAGUGCCACUGAAAUUCUGGAUCAAAACAUUGAAACAGCAGUAAUGUUGGAAGCGACACAAGUUGUGGACAAUCUUGGUCCUACAAACUCGAACCUUCCAGUCCCAACAAUUAAACGACGACGAUUAAUCGACGAGGACCGAUUCUACAACUACCCAGAAGCAAGGCAGUCCAAACUCGACGAAUCAGAGACCCAACAAUUACGAGGCGAGCUCACCGCGGGAGAAAACAAGCUCACCAAAGGAGACAAAGACGAACUUGAUAGACCCGAUCAAACCAAUUUCGACGAGUUCCUCAACGGUCACAUGCCAGACAGGACUAAAAUCCAACCAAAAAAGGAAGAUGAUUUCGACGAGGAUGAGCCUGUGCAAGGAUUUCCAAUCAAGAAGUUCUCGAAUAAAAUGAAGAAGGCCAUCUCCGUCAUACCAGAGAAUAAAGUUACCACGGGCGAGCCAGUUCCUACGAUACGUCGUGAGAUCCAUCACGAGACCCAGGUCGUCUCGCGUAAUGUUCACAAGGAGAUAUAUAUCGUGAAUGGGACUCCUGUUCCCACACCACCUCGCUUGCGUCGUCCACCUUUUGACGUCGACGAUUACAAUGAGGAUGAGGAUGAUGGGAGUGAUGGGAGGAUACCACGUGCUUGGCUUCGCGACUCAGCUGGUGUCAUUGGAAAGCGAGAGGAGAAUGAAGAUGCUGCUCAAAAUGUGGAGAAGCUUAAUAUUCCUCUCUUGAAUGGUGGGAUUGGUGCAGGAUUGGGUCUCGACCUCGGGCUUGGAUUAGGAUUAGGCACGCCUCAAGGGCGAGUCGUUGAUGCGUACUUGGGUGCUGCUGCUACUGCCACAGUAGGAUUGGGGGGUCCACAAGGACGAAUUCUCGAUGCUGGACUUGAUACUGCUGCCACUGCAACAUUGGGACUGGGUUCUUCGCAUGGCUUGCCUCUGGAAGCAGCUGCGAAUGGACUCAUUGACGACGCCGCUUCUUUGCUAAGAACGCCUGAAAACCAGGGGACUCCGACUACCGAGGAGGAAACUCCAUCCCGACGGGUUGGGUCCAUUGGUAGCGUCGUAAAUGAUCCCUCUCUUGACCCUGCGACCCACGGGCUCCCCAUCGGAUUCGAAUCUGACGGACUGGUUGACGGAGCGGAACCAAAUCAGAAUGCUCAGCAACCAAAUAGUGCCUCGAGGAUUGCCGGUGGAGCGGGUCUAGGAGGGGCAGCUUUGCUCGAAGGGAACAACAACAACCAAGGAUUUGGCUUGGGUGCCGCGGGAGUCUUUGGAGGGGCUGCUUCGCUUGAAGACAAUUCUAACAACCAGGGGUCUCAGAUUAUUGGUGGUGGUUUGGUUGGUAGUGCUGCUUCUCUUGAAGGUUAG